AUGAAUUUAUCUAUUACUCUACCGACUAAGGCCAAUCAACUAGAGAAGUAUGAGGAUCUUGAUAAGUUCUUGUUCCAUUUGCAUUCGUCUCCUGUGAGGGAUAUUAUAUUUUUUGAUGAAUCCAUAUUAGGGUUCAUCGUUUUAAAGGCACCGCUUAAUACGCAGAACUAUAAACAAUCUAAGGUAUUUCUUGAUAUAUCAAUUGUACUGGCAGAUUUGCUUAAAUCAAAAUCAGAUAUCGAAAAUGAUAAGUUUAAUUCCAGUAUUAUAAAUACAACGUUGGGGUCUGAUGACAUUAUCUUUCAUGGUGAAAAUAACGAUCAUCACUAUAUAAUAUGGAAGUUUGAAGUACCUGUUACAUAUCCGAAGAAAAAGGUCAAUAAUCCAAACGUACUGUUUUCAUGUUUCAUAAGUGAUAAAGAAGCAAAAGGUACUUCGGUUAGUAGAGACAGUGGGCCCAUUGCUGACAAGGCCUUAGCCAAUUAUAAGCCAAGCUAUUCUAGAAAUCUUUUAUCAGAAUUGAAUAAUGAAGCUAAAGGUUCUGAAUCCAAGUACCUAUUGACUAUAGAACCGGAUGUGCAAGAAACCCAACCGUCAAUAAUAAUUGAUGAAAAACUGGCAUCGAUUUCGAAAGCUAGUUUAAGCAUACCUGUAUCAGUUUCCUUAGUGAUUAAACUAAAAUCUACGAAGCCUGCAGGAAGAAAUAACAUUCUACUAUCUUCUUUGAAUAUAGAACUGUCAGAAGAACUAAUAAAGCUUUUGAGUGAACUGAAAGACGACUAUUAUUUUAAUAUAUUGAACUUGUCACUAGACUUUAAAAAUGGAACGAUUGACGAAUUUAACUCAUUCAAAGAUAAAUUUCCUAUGAGUGUUAAGCUAAUCGAUUCAGUCAGUUUGUCCUACAGACUUGUAAAUAAUGAAUUUUUAGAGAAAGAUUUGAAACAAUUUGAUAACACCUCAAAUAUGAAUCAAUUUUCAAAAUCGAUUAACAUAAGGCUUACGUUACAAGUUCAGAAGUUCAUUCCAGAUUUAAAUAAAUUUGAAGAUAUAAGUAAUAUAAUAACGACUAACUGGUCGCCAUUUUUGGAUUUCAGUAUAAUAGCACCUCCGAUUAAUAAUUCAUUGAAAACCACAACAAACUAUUCUCAGUUUCAGUCACUGCCAAACUCGCAACCAUUUAAAUAUAAUAAUAUCAGGAAACCCAACUUGCUUAAACCAAAAGGUCUGUCAUCGCAAGUAUCUAUUACCAGUGGGAAUCAAAUUAACACAGGGUUUUCAAAUUUUAAUAUACACGGCUCCAAACGAUUUAAUAAGUCCUUGAUUUCAUCAUCUUCAUCGUCAGUUACUGUCAACUUAACAACUAGCAAUAACUCUACAUUAUCUGGAUUAAAGCUAACGUUUCAAGGAAAGCUCAAUUUAAAACUAGGAGAGAUUGUCAAUUGGAAUUUACAAGCAAUUAAUAAUUCACCCAAUAAAUUAAAUUUAUCCUUAGUUGUCCAGAAUCCAAUAAAUCUAAAUUAUGGCCAAAAAAAUGCUAAUAAUUCUAAUAAUACGUCAUCUUCCAAUUUGUUGACUUCGGCUUCGGACAAUAAAGAAGUACUAGUAUACAAUAAACUUCAACUCUUUUCGUUGUAUCAUUCUUUGAAAUUGAAUACCAGUGGAAUUAUAAUUUUAGAUAAUGACAUAAGAAUAGGACCUUUAGAACCUAAUAGUGUUUUCGAAACAAGUCUCAAUCUUAUUGGAAUAUCUCAAGGCAUUUUUAAUUUAGAUGGUAUCAAAAUAUUUGAUACCUCUAGUGGUGAUGGUUUGGAUUUCGGUAAAUUAGUGGAGGUUUUUGUUGUUUAA